AUGCCUCCCAAAACUCGUCAGAGCACCCGCCAAGUCUAUCUUCUCCCACUCACCGAUGCUGGGGCUCCGGAUGUUCCCAAUGAGUACAUUUACUUGCCUGCGCCGACCGAGCCUGCGUACUACCUGAGAUUUGCUAUUGAGGGGACUAGCUCGAUAUGCCGUCAGGGAAGUCUCUGGGUCAACUUCCCCUUGAAAGGUCAACCGUUCGAUCGUAAGCGGUACCACGAAUUCAAGCUGCACCCAGAUUUCAAUCGGACUCUUGAGAUCGACAUUCCCAUCACUUCCGCCGGCGCAUUCUCGUUUUACACUACCUACAGCCCUUUGCCCGAGUUUUCUACCUCCGAUGUCGAGCCUCCUAAACCUACCCGUACUCCUACCUACUAUGUCGACAUUGAGCCGAGUCUGCGCCUUGGUGGGAGCUGCUUGCCCCUCGAUGCUCUGGGCAUCUUCUCGGUCGUCUCCAAAUUCAUGGGUGACUACCCUGGAGACUGGAACAAGCAUUUGAGGGGGAUCAGUGCAAGAGGCUACAAUAUGGUCCACUUUACGCCACUGCAGCAAAGAGGAGAGUCAAACUCGCCAUACAGCUUGUACGAUCAGCUGGCUUUUGACACGGAACUUUUUCCCGGCGGUGAAAAGGAUCUGGCACGAAUGGUCAAGUCCAUGGAAGAGGAACACGAACUAUUGGGUCUGACUGAUGUUGUCUUCAACCAUACCGCGAACAAUAGCAAAUGGCUCGAAGAACACCCUGAAGCAGGGUACAAUGUGGAAACUGCUCCUUGGUUGGAAUCUGCGCUUGAGGUUGACAAUGCUCUGCUCGAGUAUAGCGACAAGCUCAAGUCCCUCGGUCUCCCAACUGUCUUCAACAGUGACCAAGAUCUGGACACGGUCGUUGCGGGCAUAAGAGAGCAUGUUAUCGCCAAGAUCCGGCUGUGGGAAUACUUUGUUUGCGAUGUCGAGUCAGACACUGAGGCCGUGGUCAACGCAUGGAAGAAAGGCGCUGUCAAACUACCUCCCGAAGGCUUUGAGAGUGCCAUUGGCGGUGGUGUCGACUCUUUCAGAUCGUGGUCUCUUGCCCAGAAAGCGGCAUUCAUUCUUGAUAAAGGUAUGCUGGAUAGUCUACGCGUCGAUGGUCAGUACUCGCGUCUUCGGAUCGAUGGGCGAUAUUCGCGCAAAGUUGACCCUGGGAUUGGAGCUGCUAUCCUUACGGCUUCUUUCGGUCGGUACGAAGAUGGAGCGGACACUAAGCCAGCAGAGGAAGAGACCAAGGCAAUCAUAAACGAGCUCAAUCUUCCUUUCUACAAAGAGUUUGAUGCGGACUGCGCUGCAAUCCUCGAACAGACUAGAGGAAGACUGCAAUAUACGAGAAUGGACUCGCAUGGCCCAAGGCUUGGGCCCAUCACCAAGGAGAAUCCUCUGAUUGAGACAUAUUUCGCUCGGCUACCGCAGAAUGAGACGACAGCGAAACAUGACCCAAAGGCACUGUUCCUGGCGGUCAAUGGGUGGAUUUGGGCGGCCGAUGCCAUGAAAGACAAUGCAGGCCCUGACUGGAGGCCAUAUCUAAGGAGAGAACUCAUUCCAUGGAGUGACUGUGUCAAACUGAGAUAUGGCAAAGGCCCUGAAGAUAACCCUUAUCUAUGGGACCAUAUGACAAAGUACGUCCGGUUGAUGGCCAAAUACUUCACCGCGUUUCGAAUCGACAAUUGCCACUCUACACCAAUCCAUGUCGCCGAAUACCUUCUGGACGAGGCGCGAAAAGUACAGCCGAAUUUGGCAGUGUUUGCUGAGCUGUUUACUGGCAAUGAAGCAAUGGAUUACGUGUUUGUCAAACGGCUUGGACUUAGUGCCUUGAUUCGCGAAGCUAUGCAAGCUUGGAGCACGCAAGAACUGAGCAGGGUCGUGCAUCGGCACUGCGGCCGACCGAUUGGCAGCUUCGAACUCAAUGUUCCGUCGAGGUUGGGAAACAAACCCGAGAACGCGGUGGUUAAUGGGGCUGGUCCCCAAACCCGAGAGGUAGUCAAGCAUAUCAGAGAAUCGCCGGUACAUGCUCUGUUCAUGGAUUGUACUCAUGACAACGAAAUGCCCGCUCAAAAGAGAGAUGCCAGAGAUACGUUACCCACGGCUGCGCUUGUGAAUAUGUGUGGCUGUGCAACGGGCAGCGUUAUGGGUUUCGAUGAGAUCUACCCGAAGCUUGUCGAUCUUGUACACGAGGGUCGUAAAUACGCAUCAAUCAGCUCUGAGGGUGAAGUCCACACCGGUGCCGGCGAAGGAGGGAUAGCUGGCGUCAAGAAGCUCAUGAAUCAUAUCCACACCAUGAUGGGCAAGGAUGGCUACGAUGAGACCUUCCUUCACCAUGAGGGUGAGCUCAUCACCCUCCACAGAGUACAUCCGGAUUCGCGAAAAGGGUAUUUCCUCAUUGCUCAUACUGCUUUCCCUGGCUUCGGUAAUGGAAAUGGCGGCCUGAGCCCUGUACACCUCGCUGGAACCAAAGUCCGCCCACUCGGUGCAUGGGUGCUGGAGGUUGACCAAAGCGAGCAGGCUAAAAAAGAGGCGCUAGGCGACAAAGAAUAUCUUGUUGGUCUACCGUCUCGUGUGAGAAACAUCAAGGGGAGCACAAUUCACACCGAAAAUGGCGACACCACCAUCACCAUUGCCGACUUUUUCCCGCCGGGCUCGAUUGCACUUUUCGAGACUUGGGUCCCUUCUGCCGAGCACUCUCUUGGCCUUGGAACCUUCAUCUCCAGCGGCACGGAUGAGGCGUUCGGCGAGCUCGAUCUCAUCGAUCUCAACUUUGUUCUCUAUCGAUGCGACGCUGAGGAACGGGAUACUAGCGACGGGCAAGACGGGGUCUACAAUAUCCCCAACUAUGGUCCGUUGGUAUAUGCAGGUCUUCAGGGCUGGUGGAGCGUCAUGGAGCCGAUUGUUCGACGUAAUGAUCUGGGCCACCCGCUGUGCAACCAUCUUCGUCAAGGGCAGUGGGCUCUGGAUUUCUUGGUUGGACGGAUGGAGAGAAUAGCCAAGAGAGAAGAUUAUACUCGACUACAAAAGCCUGCACAAUGGCUGAAAGAACGGUUUGACGCAGUCCGAGUCAUUCCGAGCUUCCUUCUGCCGCGUUAUUUUGCCCUCAUCCUCCAGACAGCGUACGACGCAGCAUUCAAGAGAGCCAUUGAGCUGAUGAGCCCGAACAUCCAACACGGUCAAAACUUCCUGCAAGGCCUAGCCGCGGUGAGCAUCCAACAAACAGGGUAUGUCAAGUCUGCAUCAUUGUGGCCAGACAAGACUGUACCGUCACUUGCUGCUGGAUUGCCUCACUUUUCAGUAUCGUGGGCUAGAUGCUGGGGCCGGGAUGUCUUCAUCUCUCUGCGAGGUCUAUUUUUGUGUACCGGUCGCUUUGCAGAAGCCAAGGAGCAUAUUAAAGCCUUUGGAAGUGUGUUGAAACAUGGCCUGAUACCCAACCUGUUGAGCAGCGGGGCUGCCCCAAGGUACAACUCGCGAGACUCGCCGUGGUUCUUUUUGCAGAACAUUCAAGACUAUACCAAGAUUGUGCCCGAUGGUCUGUCUAUUCUGCAGGAGAAAGUUCGUCGUCGAUUCCUUCCGUACGAUGACACAUGGUUUCCUUGGGACGACCCGCGAGCCUUUUCAAAAGAAUCCACCGUCCAAGAGAUCAUCCAAGAGAUCCUGCAACGGCAUGCAUCCGGCCUGUCUUUCCGAGAACACAAUGCUGGGCCUCAACUGGACAUGCAAAUGAAACCGGAAGGAUUUCAGAUCGAUGUCCAUGUCGACUGGAAUACCGGCAUCAUUUUCGGAGGUAGCCAGUUCAACUGCGGAACGUGGAUGGACAAAAUGGGUGAAAGUGAACGAGCUGGCAGCAAAGGAGUUCCUGGCACACCGCGAGACGGGGCUGCCGUUGAAAUCACAGGGCUUCUAUACAGUGCGCUGAAAUGGGUUGCCCAGCUCCACAAGGCAGGGAACUAUCAAUGGUCAGGUGUGGAAACUGACUCGGGCGAGAAGAUCUCCUUCGAAGAGUGGGCUGACCGGAUCAAAGCCAACUUCGAAAAAUGUUACUGGAUUCCGGUGGAUCCCAAGGAUGAUAUUGACGACGAUGUGGAUCCCAAGAUUAUCAAUCGGAGGGGAAUCUAUAAAGAUCUCUACAAGUCUGGAAAGGAGUACGAGGAUUACCAGUUGCGACCGAACUUCCCGAUCGCGAUGGUGGUCGCACCGGAUCUCUUCACCCCAGAACGAGCACUACACGCGUUGAAAGUGGCAGAUGAUGUCCUUCGUGGGCCCACGGGGAUGGCGACACUGGAUCCGUCUGACUUGAACUACCGGCCCUACUACAACAACUCCGAAGACUCGACGGACUUUGCAACGUCUAAAGGGAGGAAUUACCAUCAGGGCCCGGAAUGGUUAUGGCCAACAGGCUUUUUCUUGCGCGCAUUACUCUACUUUGACCUGAAGCGCCGGGCAGACGCUGCAGGCAGGAUGGAGUCCUUCCAGCAGGUCACGAGACGGCUUGCAGGAUGCAAGCAAGCGAUCAAAGAUAGCCCCUGGAAGGGGUUGACAGAAUUGACGAACAAGAACGGGUCGUUCUGUGCAGAUUCGGUAAGUUUGGCAGCAUGA